GUACAGACAGGUUAGUAAGCAAAUAUUCUAAAUACAAGAUGAGCUAUCUGACUAAUACUUGACCCCAGACCCUCAACGACCGACCUGGCAGCAUAAUUGAGUUUUGCGAGGAACCAUUCGAUGGAUCUAUUCUGUCUCAAGGCACUCGCCAGUCUGUCGCAAAUACGUUGAUUAGCGACGUUCGAGGCCGUGGUCCUGGACCCGAACCAUACAGCCUUGGCGUCGGUCGUUAUACCGGAGGAGACUACGUUUCGCAGGAAAGUCUCUACGAGCAGAGCCGAGGCCGUUCGGCCACGCCCGUCGGUCGUUACAAUCCUGCAAGUGGCAUGAAUGAACUGUCUGGAUACCGCGAGCGGGAGUAUCCCAUGUCUCUUCACGAAAGGCCCAACCGCCCAACCGCAACCGCCGAGUCGGGAUCGAAAUACACUCAACCAUCUGCAAACACUAACCUCAACCCACCCAGUGUUAUCAUCAAGACUGAGGAACUCAACGAGAUCGAGAACGCUGUUGUUCCGGUCAAGCGCGAGAUGCCCGAAGAGCGUGAGAACCUCGGCGUUAUUCCUAAACAGCCCAUGUUCCCCACGGACCAGGGUGGUAAGCAAAAACCUCUAAAGCAUCGGCUAUGCCUUCCUGCUAUUGUGACUGUCUAACAAAUGUUUCAUUUUACAGGCGUCUGCUACUACGUAAUGCGGACGAAUUCCUAUAAUCUUAUCAGAAAGUCCCAGGCCACGGGACUCUGGUCGACCAAGCUUGCGACAUCGUGGCUCUUGACCAAGGCAUUCAACAGUGGAAAGACCGUGGUUCUAUUCUUCGCGGUGGUCCAGUCCGGGGCGUUUGAGGGCUAUGCCGUUAUGAAAUCCCCACCAGGUCCACUUAACCCACGCUACAACACGCGGUUGCGGGGGCCCGCGACGACGAGGCUGUCGGAGCCCUUCCAGGUCGAAUGGCGGUGCAAAAAGCAUAUCGACAACCGAUUGCUGGCUAGUAUUAGACGUCGAUCUAAUAACCAGCCGGCAACGCAGACUGACGACGGCGGCGUCAUCGACGACUACGCCGGUCGUCGAAUGGUUGAGGCUAUGGAUUCUCUACCCCAGAACUGAAUCUAGAAAGAUCUGGCGUGGAGAGGUUUAAGAGGAAGAAAGAAGGAGGAGUAUAUGAAGGAUGAGGGCAUAUAAAGCUGCGCGAUCUCGGUUCAGCCUCGAUAACUGUCACUAACAAUUUCGCGACUGGUAUUUGCGCAUCGAAUGAACGUUGCAGACGAAAGAUGAGUUGAUCUUCGUCGCCAUUCGAUCUUUUCGUUUUCAUUUUCGUUUGCGUUGAUUUUCCGGCAUUUCACCACUGAGUACCUACCAAGGGCCUGUCUUAGGUACGCCGAGAUGGUCUCCAUGAAGGAGCCUCUCUGGAUGACGAGGUUAGGCCUCGGUGUGCCUUACAUUAUGGGAGCCCCGUCAUUAUUUGCGCUGAAUUCGCGUACGGCCGUGGGGGAGGGAUAUUCUUUUUUUUUCUUUGCGAUUGCAUUUGGGGUCUAUAGUUGGCCCGGGCGUUAAAGGCCCUUACGGAUUGAGUUAUUUGCUCGUGGAUACAUUCCGAGCCCAAGAAAGGACCACUGGAGAAUAGUCGGGAAAUACAGACCUCUGAAGUCUUCUUAUCGUUACCUACUUAGUUAGGCUUAUCAUGGAAUUGACCAUUGAAUUCAUGGAAUAUCUCA